AUGCCGAAGCAUUACUGUGACUACUGUGAUGUCUUUUUAACCCAUGAUUCGGCUUCAGUACGCAAGGCUCAUAACAGUGGGCGGAAUCAUUUGGCGAACGUUCGAGAUUAUUAUGCUUCGCUGGGUCAUGAUAAAGCACAGAACAUUAUCGACCAAAUUACCCAAGCAUACGAAUCCGGAAAUGGGCCGCCGCCAGGAGGCUUUGGAUUUACUGCAGCGUCAUUAGGUGGGGAAGGGCUAAAUAAGGCGUUGUGCUCCACUGACAAUCAGGCAUUCGUAAAAGGUGCUCCAGCGCCAGCAUACGGCCCACCCCAGUUUGGUGCGUUUUGA